UUUCAGACAAUUUCUUAUGCCGCUGAUCCUCAAAUAUUGAAGACAUUCUAUGAUAGUUAUGCAAGUUGUCUCGAGGAAUUGAAUGUGCAGCAAUGGACACCGGAAGUGGCAAAAUGUAAAAUGCAGAAGGAUGGACUGAUUGACGAACAAGGUGUAAUAAAAAAAGACGAACUUUUAGCAAUAUUCAACCUCAUCAUUUCCGAUGAGACCAACUUAAGUCAAGCAAAAGAGAUUACUUCCACUUGCAUCGAUCAAGGUGAAUGAAAUAUAUAUUUAGUAAUACAUAUUUUGAGUAUGAUUGACAUAGUGUUAUUUAUCAUA